UAUAUAUAUAUAUAUACAUAUAUUUAAUAAAAACAGCUCUUGAAUUGAACAGAGGCAGCGUAGACUCUCCAUUUACGAGCCCUAAGGCUUUGAUCCAAGGCUGUUGAAGUUGUAAUUUGCAGUUCUCAAUGGUGCAUUUGAUGAAGAGUGGCGAUUCGGAAUCUCAGGCCGAGAAGAUGGCAGCGGUGAAGAUGGAGGUCGAGGAUUCUUUGGAGGAGGAGCACGCCCCACUCCACAAGCGCCCCAGACAGCAGAAUUUCGGAUUGGGUGGUUUUACGGUGCCGGCUUCACAAUACAACCCGCUUAAUGAGCCAAGUCCAUUGGGCUUGCGUCUCAGGAAAAGCCCAUCUCUUCUGGAGUUAAUUCAAAUGAAGCUUUCCGAAUCGGCUACAGCAAAAGUUGGAAGUCAUGGUCAUGGUAAAAAAGAACCAAAAGCUGGUGCUGCUUCUGGCGAUAAGUUGAAGGCAUCCAAUUUUCCUGGUUCAAUUCUUAAAAUUGGGACCUGGGAGUAUAAAUCAAGAUAUGAAGGAGACUUGGUGGCCAAAUGUUAUUUUGCAAAGCAUAAGCUGGUGUGGGAGGUUCUUGAUGGGGGUCUUAAGAAUAAAAUUGAAAUUCAGUGGUCGGAUAUCAUGGCUUUGAAGGCAAAUUACCCUGAUGAUGGUCCUGGAACUUUAGAUGUUGUGUUGACACGGCAACCUCUUUUCUUUAGGGAGACUAAUCCACAACCUAGGAAGCACACUCUUUGGCAGGCAACAUCGGAUUUUACUGGUGGACAAGCUAGUAUACAAAGGCGACACUAUCUGGAAUGCCCACAAGGCUUGCUGGGAAAACAUUUUGAAAAACUCACACAAUGUGAUCCCCGUUUGAACUUUCUCAGUCAGCAAGGCGAGAUAACAUUAGAUUCUCCCUAUUUUGAACCUAAAAUCUCUGUGUUUGAUGAUAAAAAUGGAAACAAUAGUGAAAUUGAUUCAAAUAGGGAGGGAAGUCCUUCCUUUUUCAGCUUACAAGAUACUGCUUCACCAUCAGGCCCUCAAUCUUCUUCCUCAAAGAAUGAUCUUGAUGCUCUUGGCAGACAUUCAGAUUCUUAUACUCGUGAAACACCGUCUCCAUGCUCAGCCAUGGACACACUGACAGUUGAAGAUAUAAAAAACGGUGAAAUUGAGCAACUUAAGGAGCUCAGCAAGUGGGAUCAGAUAAGGGUGCCUGGGCUCCGUUCAUCUAUGUCGAUGAGCGAUUUAGUGAGCCAUCUUGAACACCGGAUAUCAGAACAGGGAACAUCUGACACUCCGACUCUCUCCAGUGAGGAAUGGGAAAGCCUGCAAAUCUUGGAUGAUAUCAAUCGUUGUUUGUUUAGCGACAUUCAACACUUGCCUGACUCAGAUGAGAAGUCGCUCAUGUCAAGAGUCAAUUCUCUUUGCUGCCUCCUGCAGAAAGACACUGCUCCAGGUUCAAACAUACAGUUUAAAAGUGACCACUCUCCUGAUUUGGCAUUGGUGCAAAAGAGAGGAGAGGAGUCAAACAAUCUUGGUGCGUCGACUUCUGCGGAGAAGGUCGAAGAGAACAUCCACAACGAUGACUCUGAAGGCAUAUCUGGCCCAAACCAGGUAUCUUCCAUGUCCAGGAAGGACUCUGUCGGAGAUUUGCUGCUUAACCUCCCUAGGAUAGCUUCUCUACCGCAGUUCUUGUUCAACAUUUCAGAAGAUCUUGAGAACCAAGCUAGAUAGUACCUUCCAACCAGUUUAUGCCCAGUAAACUUGUACAUAAAUGUAGUAGUUCUCUUGGAACUUUGUUCAAUCCGUGGAUUCGGAAAUUCAGAUUGAUGAUGAAUCCUGUAACGUUUGUCUUUUAAGUUGGCACCGAGUCCAUGUUGGGUGUUGUGUUAUCAUAAUCUCUGUACAAAUAAAUGUAUGUCUUGUUGUGUGCAUGUUGCCGUGUAUUUGGUCUAUACUGUA